ACUGACGCAGUGAAGCCGUGGACUUGCGGCAACAGUGCAGAGAGAAAAUAAUUGGUCAACUUGAUUCUUCUAGACUCUUUACUGUAAUCAGCCAGUGUUCUUCCAUGACGCCCAGGCAACCCGCCAGUAACAAGGAUGGCCUAACCUUGCCCACAGGGCGCGACGUCACCAUGUUAAAGACAUUCUUGGUCUAUAAAGGAGACAUUCUAGUUUAUCUCCAAACAUUAUUUAAACAAAUUUAGCUGGAAGAACAGAGCUUUUUGAGACCAAUCAAUUAAACCAUAAAUGAACAAUGGCGCCGAUGAAUGAAAGACAUAUGAACGAUACCUCUAGUAAGGCGUCAGCGAGCCCCGCGGAGCCCAAGGGGAAGCGCCCCCCAGUGCUGGUGGACGGGGUGACUCUGAACGGCCCCACGCUGGACAUCCGGGAAGCAGAGAGCUUCCUCAGAGACGCCAUGCCCAUCAUCAUGGAGGAGGCCGUCUGGAAGGCUACUGACGUCAAGGAGAAGGUGUGCGAGUGGCGCUCUCCGGAGCAGCUGAAGGACCUAUUAGACCUAGAGCUGAGGGAAGGAGGCGAGGCACAUCCCCAGAUACUGCAGCGCUGUCGGGAUGCCAUCCGAUACAGUGUCAAGACCGGACAUCCUCGCUUCUUCAACCAGCUCUAUGCAGGCAUGGACCCUUAUUCACUAGUGGGCCGAUUCAUCACAGAAGCCAUCAACCCCAGUCUGUACACGUACGAGGUGGCUCCAGUGUUCCUGCUGACAGAGGAGGCGGUUCUGCAGAAGAUGAUUGAGAUCAUUGGAUGGCAGGAGGGAGGGGACGGCAUCUUCAGCCCAGGUGGCUCUGUGUCCAACAUGUAUGCUGUGAACGUGGCCAGGUACCACCACUGUCCUGAUGUGAAGGUGCUGGGCCUGUCUGCCUUGCCUAGACUGGUCAUGUUUACAUCUCAGGAGUGUCAUUACUCGGUUGCCAAAGCAGCGGCUUUCCUGGGAAUUGGCACCAACAAUGUUUAUGUGAUUCCGUCAGAUAAGAGAGGGAAGAUGAUUCCUGCGGAGUUUGAGAAGCAAGUACAGAGAGCCAAAGAUGAGGGAGCGUUGCCCUUCAUGGUGAACGCCACAGCAGGGACCACCGUACUAGGGGCCUUCGACCCGCUGGAGGAGAUAGCUGACAUCUGUGAACGACACAAUCUAUGGAUGCAUGUAGAUGCAUGUUGGGGAGGAGGAGCCCUGAUGUCUAAGAAACACAGAUACCUGCUGCAGGGCAUUCACAGAGCCAACUCAGUAGCAUGGAAUCCUCACAAGAUGCUGAUGGCUGGUCUACAGUGCUGUGCAUUCAUGGUUCGGGACAAAACGAAUCUUCUCCAGCGGUGUCACUCGGCCCAGGCCUCCUACCUCUUCCAGCAGGAUAAGUUCUAUGACGUCAGCUAUGACACGGGAGACAAGUCCAUUCAGUGCAGCCGCAAGCCCGACGCCUUCAAGUUCUGGCUGAUGUGGAAAGCCAUCGGCACCAAGGGUCUAGAAGAGAGAGUGGACAGAGCCCUCGCUAUGGCCAGAUAUCUGGCAGAGGAGAUCAAGAAGAGAGAUGGAUUCCGUCUUGUGAUGGAGCCGGAGUACACCAACGUCUGUUUCUGGUACAUUCCUCCCAGUCUGAGGGACAUGGCUGACGGACCUGAGUUCUGGAGAAAUGUCCAUGCGGUGGCGCCAGUGGUUAAGGAGCGCAUGAUGAAGAAGGGCUCUAUGAUGGUAGGCUACCAGCCCCAUGGAGACAAGGCUAACUUCUUCAGACAGAUCAUCAUUAGCCCUCAGGUCAGCAGAGAAGACAUGGACUUUCUGCUGGACCAAAUACACAGCCUGGGGAUGGACUUAUGAUCCCACGGGGAAUACCUACAAAAUGGCACCCUCUUCCCUCAAUGAGCCCUGGUCAAAAGUAGUGCACUAUACAGGGGAUUUUGGGUACCAUUUUGAACAAAACCCAAAUGGUCAUGUUCAGUUGGCACGAAACAGGAGAUCCUGUUUUGAAACUGAGUGAAACGGAAGAGGUGGUACCCCAACGUCCUAUAGGAAGUUUCCAAACGUCCUAUAAGAAGUUUCCAAACGUCCUAUAAGAAGUUUCCAAACGUCCUAUAAGAAGUUUCCAAACGUCCUAUAAGAAGUUUCCAAACGUCCUAUAAGAAGUUUCCUAACUUACUAUAAGACGUUUCCAAAACAUCCUAUAAGAAGUUUCCAAAACAUCCUAUAAGAAGUUUCCAAAACAUCCUAUAAGAAGUUUCCAAACAUCCUAUAAGAAGUUUCCAAACGUCCUAUAAGAAGUUUCCAAACGUCCUAUAAGAAGUUUCCAAAACGUCCUAUAAGAAGUUUCCAAAACAUCCUAUAAGAAGUUUCCAAAACAUCCUAUAAGAAGUUUCCAAAACAUCCUAUAAGAAGUUUCCAAACCAUCCUAUAAGAAGUUUCCAAAACAUCCUAUAAGAAGUUUCCAAAACAUCCUAUAAGAAGUUUCCAAAACGUCCUAUAAGAAGUUUCCAAAACAUCCUAUAAGAAGUUUCCAAAACAUCCUAUAAGAAGUUUCCAAAACAUCCUAUAAGAAGUUUCCAAAACAUCCUAUAAGAAGUUUCCAAAACAUCCUAUAAGAAGUUUCCAAAACAUCCUAUAAGAAGUUUCCAAACGUCCUAUAAGAAGUUUCCAAAACAUCCUAUAAGAAGUUUCCAAACAUCCUAUAAGAAGUUUCCAAACCAUCCUAUAAGAAGUUUCCAAAACAUCCUAUAAGAAGUUUCCAAACAUCCUAUAAGAAGUUUCCAAAACAUCCUAUAAGAAGUUUCCAAACGUCCUAUAAGAAGUUUCCAAACGUCCUAUAAGAAGUUUCCAAAACAUCCUAUAAGAAGUUUCCAAAACAUCCUAUAAGAAGUUUCCAAACGUCCUAUAAGAAGUUUCCAAAACAUCCUAUAAGAAGUUUCCAAAACAUCCUAUAAGAAGUUUCCAAACAUCCUAUAAGAAGUUUCCAAACGUCCUAUAAGAAGUUUCCAAAACAUCCUAUAAGAAGUUUCCAAACCAUCCUAUAAGAAGUUUCCAAACAUCCUAUAAGAAGUUUCCAAAACAUCCUAUAAGAAGUUUCCAAACAUCCUAUAAGAAGUGUGUUAACUUGUUCUCUUAUUUGGUGCCCCAGGGCUGUGCAGAAGCCUCAGCAUGUCAUCCUUCCAUUGCCCGUCUCCAUAAAGUGCUCUAACGAUGACCUGUUUCUGCUAUUCACUAUCGAUUCCAUUUGUAAUUCUGAGGACAGGCAGUGUGUCCGUCCAUGAGACUGUAAACACAGUAGCUUGUUGACGGUUUUGAGGGCUCAACCUCUUUAUAGGAACCAGUUUCAGAUUAAAUUAAAAACUGAAAAGUCAUUAUCCUUUUAUGUCAAUGUGAUUUAUUUUUUAGAGUAAUAUAAUAAAUACUGUUUAAAAUAUAACUGCUGUUAGAAAACGAGGCGUGCAACUUUUAGUAAAAGCUGAAAUGUUCUGAAGAUAGUUUAGGAGAUACGAUUUUAAGCGAUACCGAUUGAUUGUAAAGAGAUUUAUAUAAAUACUAAUAUAUGUGGGUUAUCUGAUGAGAUUAAUAUAUAAUCUUUAGAGAAUACUGAUGUGUAAUGUGAUGAAAGAACUUUAAAUUGAUUUUAGUUCUUUAUUUUCAUUUUGGAUUUUCACUUUUGAAUUAAUUUUCUUCCACACGCAUUAACUUUGACGAUUUUAAAUUAUUUUAUUUUUAUUUUAAAAACAUAGCACACCUAGUGCCUGAAUACUGUGAGUCCACCUACAUAAAUCAGACAGAUCUUAAAAUGGCUACCGUUGUUAUGUUGAAUAAACAGUUGUUGUUUACUUUACUUAAAGCCAACAGAUUAAAUGCUUUCUUUCUGGUUUUAAACGGACUCAAAAUGCCUGUUAUUUAGUCAUUUACUACGAGACGAUAAUAAGACGAUAUAAGUGGUCAAACCUUAAUGCAUUACAGUUGCUUUAUAAUGCAUUAUACCAGUUGGCUUUAUAAGGAAUUACAGUUGCUUUAUAAUGCAUUAUACCAGUUGGCUUUAAAAGGAAGGUGUUUUGUGUUUGUAGUUUGCCGUCAAAGAGAAUGGUGUUUACUUUAAACUUGUACGAAGUUCUGGGUACAAUACUAGGAUACGUUCUGUAGCAUACCUCAUAUCGUAUUCUGGCAAGACAUUCUGUUUUCUCUUGUUGUUUUUGUUUUGUUCCAAUAGCAUUUUGUUCAGAUAUGUUGUCUGAAAAAAGCCUGUAUGUUUUUUUUGUAGAUGGAGGUUUCACUGAGAAUGAUUUCUUUUUCUUUUUCAGUGAAAAUAAAACCAUUUGUUUACUGAA